AAAGAGAACCUCCAUCGUUUUUCAACACUGUCCAACGAUAACACGUGCGGGAUUCGAAAUAGCCGUGUUUUUCUGUUAAUACCACCUGAACGAAUGCAAUAACAUGGACACCGGCGAAGAGCUGAAGUCCUGGCUGCAGGAGGAGAGCAAACCGUACGCGGCACGUGUUGAAUUCGCUCUCCGCGUUUGGCAGUCCGUGGAGUUUCCCUACUCCAGCAAGUUUGAGAUCAUCAUCCGAUGGCUGAGCGAAUCCCUGGCAUCCUGUGGACAACUACCCACCCAGCAGCUAAAGGAUCUCUUCCAGGUGCGCGCCCAACCGGGUCUGGUGAGUCAGGAGUGCAAAUCGGCGCUUAUCCGAGCUCUGGUGGCGGUGGCAUCCACGGACACCACCGGUGACGAAGCUAUACUCGGUCUGCUGUCUAGUUGCCUGAGCUUUGAGCUGCUGCAGGACGCCCUGCGCUCGGAUUACAAUCUUCUGACCGAGAUCUUCGCCUGCAUCUUCAGAAGCCAUCAGAAAUGCGUCGAGAAGCGUACGAAAUCUGGCGAGGAUCAAGGGCUGGAGCACACCGACGCCGAGUUCGUUAUUCCCAUCAUCAAGCAGCUGACGGACAUGGCGCGGAGAUCCCAGAAUGUAGCCGAACUGCUCGAAUGCCACGACAAGCAAUCGCUUGGCCCCUUGGUGGAAUUGCUCCUCACCCUGAAGUCCCACUGCGUGGAGGAGUUCGCCGAGCUGGAGAAGCAACUAAAGGGCAUGUUUAGGCCAGUCCGGAUUAUGAAGCAGCCGCUGCAUGUGAGGCUGCUGAUCCUGGAGGCCGAAGUCCUCAACAAUCGCUACGAUACCAAGCUACUAUCCAAGACCAUUAAGUCUGUUUUCAACGAGCGGGAGCCCAUGCUACUGGCUGCCCACUUGCUGGUGUCCUUGCGCAAGUACGACAUAUCCCUGCAGUUCGACAUGAAGAAGAAGAAGGCCAAGGAGAACCCCCAGAAGUCUGACAGCGAGGAAGAGGAACCCAUCGAUCCCAAAGCCAAAAAAGUAACUGGCUUCUCCUACAUUUCGGAGCAGCUUCUCGAGGUAGUCCGCAAUCACCGAAAGAAGCAUCUGAAGGAGGUCCUGGUACUCCUGUGCUCGGCCCUCCGCCUGAAUCCUCUGCUGCUGGAGCACAGUGUCUACCAGAUCACUGUCUGGCUGCUCACCGCUCCCAAACAGACCGACCUCGAGGAGCAGCUGUACUCCGAGUACCUGAUCCUGCUGCUGGACAUGUUCCGGCGGCUGAGUCGGGCCGAGAGGUUCAUCAUGAAUCUUCUCAAGAGCCUGAAGGAGUGGCUGGCCAAGUACCAGCUGCCGGGUAGCUCCGGGGAGAGCAAGAAGCGUCGCCUACAGGACUCCGCGACCAAGGCGGCUGAGAAUGAGGCGGAGCAGCAAUUCCUGCAGGUCAUCAUGGCGGAAUCAUCACCGGCGACGGCUACCGCCUCGUCCGCGAACGAUGCCUUCAAGCAGCUGAACCACACCUGGCCGAGUCACUCGGCGGGCGUGGCCUUCACCCGCCUGGUUAGCCACCUGAUGACCAAACCCUCCCUGGUCAUCUGGAAGACGCUGCUCCACUCCUUCGCCGAACUGCUGGAGGAGGACCAAACGCAGACUGUGCUGCCCGAGAAUCUGGACUUUUCCCGUGACUUCCAUGCGGCGCUCUUGUGCCAGUAUCUGAGCGGCACCCGGCUGGCGGAGCAAGUGCAUCUGCACCAGUCGGAGGUGGAGCAGCAGCUGCAGCACACCUCCCAGGUGCUGGAGCUGUUCGGACGCCGUCUGCUCAGCCAGGAGCACAACCGCCGUCUGAUGAACGCCUUCCUGGAGUGCACGGAACGGGCCAGUGGCUUUGAGCUCCUCCUGGCCCACUACUGGCCGGACGGCCAUCCUGCCAGCCAGCAAUCCGUGCAGCUGCGGGGAUUCCUGCCUCCCGCCGAGUGGACUCUGAUCCAGCAGCGGGUUCACAACUUCGGCAAGAGCUCGUGCCGCCAGAGACUGCAGCGCCUGGAGCUGCAGCUGGCGGAGAGUGGCUGGCUGCUGCAGGCCGACCAACGUGGCGUUAGAUGCCCCGUUGCCCUGGCCGAGAUCGUGCCCGCGUCCCAGCUCUUCCGGCUGACCAGGACACAGAAACAGCAGCGCACCCAACAGGCCAUGCAGGAUCUGGAGGACGCGGAGUGUGUGGAGCUGUUGGCUCUCCAGCUGCUCCAGGAGUACGCGGCCUCGGUGAAGGCGGCCAAGGUGAAGGGCUCCCUGCUGGCGAAGCUCAAGCUGGAGGAGCAACUGGACCAGGCCGCCUUGGUGACGUUCCUCAGGGAGAAGGCCACCACGGACAAGGAGGUGGAGGAGCUACCAUCCGCCCUGGAAACUGUCAAGGGACUGCAGGGCCUGCCCCUGGCCCAACUGUCCAGCGCGAUCCGGUCGCGCCUCUGGCUGGUCGUCUUCGUCCUCUACCGGGAUCUGAGUCGCAGCCAGCAGCAGCAGGAGGAGCAGACCAAGGAGGUCCUGGACGUGCUAAUAGACCUGAUGCACUUUGGACAACCGUUGCCGGUCUGCGAGUUCAUCCCCAAGCUGGCCACGAUGCUGGAGAUGAUUCCCACCGCAUCCACGGAGGGCUGGAGCUUCUACGAGACCCUCUUCGCCCGGUGCAUCCGACGACAGGGUGCGGGCAGCGAGUCGUUCCUCGUCAGCUGCGCGGAGCACCUCAGGGAGCAGCUGGCGGCCAACAGCAAGCUGAGUGGAGAGCAGACACGGCUCCUGCUCCUCGCCAUCCAAACGCUGUCCAAUGCCAGCGGAGCUCAGGGCCGGAGGCUGCAGCGCCACCUCCAGCCGCUGGUGGAGAUCUUCGGGGAGAUGGUGGCCCACAAAUUCCGCUCCAAGAAGAAGGAGGCAUCGGUCUACAAGGAGUUUGUGGACGCCACCCGGGCGGGCUAUGCCACCUACCUGAGCAGCUGCAUCAACCGAGUGGCCAAGCAGGAGAGGGAGAAGGAGCAGCAGCUGGCGAAGAGCAAGAAAGCGGAGGAGAAGGAAAAUGAAGGCCAAGAGGAGGACGGGGAUACAAAAAAGAACAAGAAGAGCAAAAAGAAGGCCAAGGAGGAGAAGGAGCCGGAGCAGGAUCUCUCCGAGACCAUCGACGACAAGUUCCGGCGCAUCUGCAAGAUAUACAUUGGAUACUCCCUGGACUACCGCAACCCACAUGCCAUCCGGCUGCUGAACGCGGCCCUCACCCACCGGCAGCGCCUCCACCUGGAUCCGGACGAGAUCGAGUUCGUGCUGAGCUCCUACUGGCGGCAACUGAACGAGGACAUCGCCACCGGCGACAUCUCCCCCAGCACCGUAGAGCCGGCGAUCAAGCUGAUCAUCGGUUAUAAGACCAACGAGGACUUCCUCCUCCUGCUGCGCCGUCUCUCCGCCCAAAUGGAGAAGAUGCCGCGUCCGGACACGCCCGUCCAGCACACAGCGCUGAGGAAUGUCCUGACCCUGCUGGGACUCUUCGCCAAGUGCUCGCUGAGCAGUGUCAAGGGAGCGAUGCUGAACGAACAUUUUGAGGUCAUCAGUGUGAGUGCCGCCUUGCGGCUGCCGGAGCCCAAGGAUUCGGAGUAUCGGAAUCAUGCCUUGCGCCUGCUGGAGGCCCAGCGACACAUGGCCGGGAACAGGACGGUGCCCUUGACGGGGGAGACGCUGGACUGUCUGCUGGGCAGCCUGCUGGACGUGGACAUCAAGCACCUGAUCCGCAACGGCGGCAGCUGGACGGACCUGGUGGAGCUGUAUGGCGCCAUAACGGAUAACCUGAUGGUGCUGCUGAAGCAGCACACCAACCUGAUGUCGGACCGGGCCGCUCAGCUGAGUGCCCUGUGCCAGGACCUGGUCCAGGCCAUAGUGGGCUAUCGGGCGGAGCGCAAGCAGGCCCAGGAUCUGACCGAAACGGAGCUGGAUGGUCUGGCGGAUCUGGGCCUGAAGCUGGCCACCGUAAUGUCCACCGUGACGAGCACCCAGGCACUGGCCGUGAAGCGAGUGGCGCCCUUCCUGCUGAUCUUCACCAUCCGCCAGAUGGUGGCCACCGAACGACCCACAACGCUCUUCGAAAAGGUCAAGGUUCAUGUGGUCCGGGUGUGCCACGAACUGAUCGGCAUCUGUGACCAUCGUGCCGGGCACUUCAUCCUGCGCUCCAGCAGCGAGGCGGGCGCCAGGAUGUACGAGAGUUUGGUCAAGGAUCACGAGAAGUAUCACAAGUUUAGGGGAAAAGUGUAAAAAGGAAGAAGAGAAGUGUAUCCUUUUUUGCUUUUCUUAUCCCGGUUUUAAAACUAAUUUCUUUAUUUUCAAAAUAUAUAUAUAUAUAAAUAGA